GGUGACGAACGUGCCUUGUGUGAAAAGGGAGCGCCAGCCUAGCAGAAGAGAUUGUGACGUGUUUCCUUUCGCUCAGUCUUUUGGCCUGUGCGGUUUGCUUUCAAGAUGCCAGCUUCACCUAGUGCCACAAAUGUGGGGUCAGCAGGAAGGUCUCCCAAAACAGCAGCUCCUCGGGCCAGCGCGGGCUCCACAGUUAAACAGAGAAAAACCACAUCUGCUGGUGGCAGUAGGACACGAACACCAGGAGCAGCGGCCGCUGGCGGUGGAGGCAUGUGGAAAUUUUACACAGAUGACUCUCCAGGAAUCAAAGUUGGUCCCGUGCCUGUGCUGGUUAUGAGCCUGCUCUUCAUCGCUUCAGUCUUCAUGCUCCACAUCUGGGGAAAGUACACCCGCUCUUAAGGCAACAAUACUUCAUCAAGGGACCAUCGUUUCCAGUGCUGUCAAUAAAUAUAUACAUAUUUCCUCUUGUA